CCACAAACGACGCCCAGGAAUCGGACGUGAGAAGGGAGCAGGUCCCGGAAAAACAGGAAAGCAGAAGGAAAAUAGAAAAUAAAAGGGGAAUCCCCCUCGACACAUCAAGGACAUGCCUUGGCAAGGACCUCGACUCCUCUGGCUGCACUGCCGACGGAACUGGCGGACGUUUGGAUAUGGAAGUGGAAGUGGGAGCCCAGGAAGCCAGCUCUCAGUUGCUUGGAGUCGAUAUCAAAGGAUCCCAUAAUUCGGGCUUAGUUCUUAUCGCUGAGCCCUGCUAGUAUAUCUCUCAAUGAACCUAAAGAAUAUCAUAGCAACAUCAUAUCAAUCCAUAUCGAUCUAGACCUAUGAUUAGUUAAUUGCUUUAUUGCGGUAUUGUUUUGUAAUUCAAUUGGAAAACAAAUGUGAUUUUAUGUAAAUAAAAUGAG